AGUUUCUGUCAUAUGAACAAUAAUUAAUGAAAUGUAUAAUAUUAUAUGAUUGUUUCAGACAUAUGAUGACAGAUUUUAAAGAUGAAGAUGUUAAGAUACGACCAGCAGUUAAAGAGGAUUGUUAUGUUAUCAGGUCGUUGAUCCAGGAGCUGGCUGAUUACGAGAAGAUGCCGGAGGGUCCCAAAAUCACUGCCGAGGAUUUAAUCAGGGAUGGUUUUGGAGAUAAUAAAUUUUUCUACUCUCAUGUAGCCGAAGUUGGAUCAAAAAUUGUUGGGUUUUGUUUAUUUUUCUACACCUACUCGACGUGGGAAGGGAAAGUUGUUCACAUGGAGGAUCUCUAUGUACAGCCUGAGUACAGAAGUAGAGGAGUUGGGACAAAGUUAUGGAAGAGUAUAAUUACUGCAGCUCUGGAGAUAAACUGCUCUAGAUGCAACUUCCAGGUUCUGGACUGGAACAAGCCCAGUAUUAAAUACUACAAACGACAGGGUGCUGUGGAUCUAUCCGCUGCCGAGGGCUGGCUCAUGUUUAGGAUGAACAGAAAAGAAAUGGAAACUUUUGUUUCAAAAACAUAAAAUUUAUUUUUUAAUACCAUCGCCGAUUUGUGCACAUCGUACAUAAAUAUGAAAUAUGUGCAUUGUAGAUUGUACAACCGAAAUAAAUAUGUAUAUUUUUCAUUUUUUUCAGAAA